AUGAUCCUCAGUGUGCUGAUGAGUCCAGCUUCAGUGCCAUGGAGCUCCCUAGUAUGCGGUACCCUCGGCUUUGUGCUUCUAUGGGAGGCUAGCCGGUUGGUAGAUUUGCUAUGGUGGCGCCCGUGGUGGCUUAAGCGUGCCUUGCGUGCCCAGGGUCUCUGCGGCACGUCUUACCGCUUCCUCGUCGGAGAUCUCAUCGACUACGGGCGGCGGGACAAGGAGGCACGAUCGAGGUCAAUGCCUCUGCGCUGUCACAACAUAGCCCCACUCUUCCCGCCGUUCCUCCACGACCUUGUCCGGGAGCAUGAAAAGACAUGUAUAUCUUCGUUGAGUGUGUUCCCCAAGGUCACCAUCAGCGACCCUGACUUAGCCAAGGAAGUGUUGUCGAACAAGUUCGGCCACUUCGAGAAGCUCAAGUUUCCGGCUCUGUCUAGGCAUCUUGCCCGAGGACUAGCGGCUUACGACGGCGAGAAAUGGGUCAAUCAUAGAAGGAUCCUUAACCCCGCAUUCCAUCUCGAGAAGCUCAAGCUCAUGAUGCCAGCCUUGUCUACAUGCUGCCAAGAGCUUGUCGGUAGAUGGACGUGA